UAAUGUGAAGCGGAAUUGACGCUGGUCGUUGUUGUGUUCUUUACAUUAUUAACAUAUUGUAGAUUAAGUAUUUUUAUGAAUAAUGUGGUAAUAAACUGACUGAAAGAUGGAGUUUGAUGAAAUUGUAGUGAAAGAGAGCCCGGGGCUAUGCCGGUGCUGUCUUUCUGAAGGUUGUUAUAAGGACUUGGGUACAGAAUAUUCUUGGAUGGACGAUACCGAAGUGUACGCCGAUAUGCUGCUAGAAUGCUUUGAUAUUAGUAUAUCACAACACAUGGAAGGCCCUAACGGACCAAAUCGUCUUAUUUGUGAGGUAUGCAUCACACGUCUUCGAGAUGCUUGUAACUUCAAGAAGCAAGUUCUCGAUUCUGAGAAGAAGUUUGUCGACAUGGUUGGUAGAGGCGAGUUCAAGUCUAAAGUGAUAGUUUAUCAGGAUCAAAUGAAGUCUGAAAUGGUAAUGGAACAGCAAUCAGCUCACGAUGCUGAUGCUGAAUAUUUGGACGAAGAAGUUGAUUACGAUGAUGGAAAUAAAGAUGACUCAAACGAACCGACGGUAUCAGAAGACAUAACAGUUGACGCUUUACCGAUUAAAGGCAAACGUGGGAGGCCCAAAAAGACAGCUGUCAAACCGGAAAAGAAAAAAACGAAACUAGAGGAAAAAACUAAAACGAAAAUUGUCAAAGAUGAAGGCCCGUACGACCACUGUACCUCUGAGCGGAGAAGGAAAAACUUGCAAAUACUCUUCAACAAUACAUCAAUAAUACCUUUCAAAUGGCGGGGCAGGUAUCUCUGUUUUUAUUGCGGUCAGAACUUCACGGAAUAUGCAAUGUUCAGAAAGCAUACAAAGUCACAUGGCCUGUGCAGUACAAGCGAUUACGCCCUGAAGAUUAUUAAGGGAAAUCAUGUUGAAAUAAAAAUCGACAUAUCUGAAAUUAUUUGUGAAAUAUGUUACGAGCCGUUAACAAGCUUCAGUGAAAUUAUCGAUCACCUGAUAGGUAAACACGAAUUGGAAUACGAUAAAGCAAUAUUAACGCCGUACCAGGAAUAUAGAUUAGCGGAUUGUCGGUGUCAGUUAUGCGGCCAAGAGUUCGCGUACUUUGGUUAUCUUAUUAGUCAUACGAAUAUUGCUCAUCCGCAAAAUAGUAUCAUAUGCGAUAGCUGUGGUGAAAGAUUCAAUAAGAAAAGAGACCUAGCAAUGCAUAUAAGACAUUACCACAGGGAAGGCGGUUAUCCAUGCGAUGAAUGUUCAGAAAUAUUCGAAUCGCAUCUACUUUUAAGAAAACACAGGAAUAACUUUCAUUUCAGAAGAUGUAAGAUCUGUGAGUCACGUUUCCCAUCGUACACACUUUUGCAGAAGCAUAUCAAGUGCGAUCAUUCCGAUGAUGGUUGUUACAAAAAUUGUCCGCAUUGCUCCAAAAAAUGCCAGACUUCUCAAGGCUUAAAUCAACAUAUUCGAAAGUGUAAGCGGAAAAUAGUUAAAAUAACAACUCAAGAUUUUCCCGAUGAUAAUCUUUUACAACCGAAUAAAAAACAAAACGUUCAACAAAUAAGAAGAAACAUCCAAUGCGUUCUAAACAUGUCUACCGCUGUGCCUUUUAAAUUCUUUGCGAAAUACUCGUGUUUCUAUUGCUCCAAAUACUUCGUUGAAUUCGAUGAGCUUAAAGAACAUGUCGUCGCUGAACACCCUAUCUGUGAUUUAAAAGAAAAAUGCAUGAAGAAUUGUAAAGGGGAAAGAAUCACCGUUAAAAUCGAUAUAUCGUCGUUAUCGUGUAGAGUUUGCUUUCAACCAAUGGAAAGUAUUGAUACACUUAUCGACCAUCUCAUAACGAAACACACGGCGGAUUACGACAAAUCAAUGACAGGAUGCUUUGAACCAUUCAAGAUCAUCAAAGACAACAUACCCUGUCCCAUAUGUUCAAAUGUGUUCAGAUAUUUCGGUACACUCUUACGUCAUAUUAAUUCUGAACACAGCAACAAUAAUAAAAUAUGCGAUUUCUGCGGUCGCAGUUUUAAAAAUGUCGCGAAUUUAAAGGUUCAUAUAACGUACGCGCAUACCGGUUCGUGUGAGUGUGAAAUAUGUGGUGCAAAAUAUAAGAAUCAGUGGUGUUUGGGGCGUCACAGGGCGAAAUCACACAAUGCCAAAGAUUUCCAAUGCACGAAAUGUCCCGAACGUUUUCAGUCCCAAUAUCACAAGCAGAAGCAUCUGAUUAAAGUUCACGACAUAGGACACAAAUGUACGUAUUGCGGGAAAAUGUUCACGAGGAACUCGUUCAUGAAGGACCACAUACGAAGGACCCAUUUGAAGGAAAAGAACGUGCCGUGUACGGUGUGCAACGAAAAAUUCUUCGAUAAUUAUUUAUUGAGGAUGCAUAUGGUUAAGCAUAAAGGGGAGAGGAAGUUCAGUUGUGAGGUAUGCGGUAAAGCGUUCCUAAGACGAAGCAACCUAAGUUCCCAUAAGGAAAUGCACAAAAAAUAUGGACACGUAUGAAAUUGUUUUGCUGACUUACCAAAUUGUACAGAAAUCUACUAAAAUUAUUUUUAAAUCUGAAUAUUUUCCAUUUUUUUUUUAAAUUAAUGUAAGUAACGCCGUUACUUAUAAAUGUUUAUCGGUUUUUAGUAACGCCGAUUCUCUCUUUCUGUUAUCAUUGAUUUGACAUUUGGAAGAAGAAGACACAACAUUGUUUUACUAAUCACCAGCUAAGCAACAUUUUUAGGCGUUUCCGAAAUGUACAAAUAGGCUAUAUAUCAAACUAGAUCACUUUAUUUCCAACUUCUGACAUAUUUUUUUGCCCAAUAUAAAAACAAUGAUCCCAAAAGUUUUACUACAAUUCAAGUUGCGUCUAUUGAUUAAAAAAAAUUUAUUAUCUGUCUCCCGAGCAUGUCUACGUUUAUAUUAAAAAAAAAAAACAUUAUAAUAUAUUUCUAUCGAUGCCAAUCAGCGAACAACAUCUUUAAAAAAGGUAUUACCAAAAAUUGUAACUUAAUCUGAUAUUUUGUUCGUUCUUCGUUACAAUGGCAUCGCAAUAUUUUUCUUUGACAUUAUCUGAUUGUAUGAAACGACUGAAAUAUAAAAAGAUGAAUAAUAGUAAUUAAUUAUAUAGUGUUUGCAUUUUUUUUUUAAUCGAGCAUUUCAUAAAAUUUUAAUCCAUUGGUUUGUUAUACGUAUCGAAUGGGAAACGAAUAGUAAGGCUGAUGUAUAAAUAUGUAUUUAAUUUGUUCUACUUUACUGUAAAAAAAAUUAUUAAAAUAAACGAAUAUUUUAGUAAUGGCUUUGUUCUCGCG